AUGACACCGGCCUCGACGUGGAUGCGCGUUUCAGCGCUCGCGCCCCUUGCGGGCUUGAUUGUCUGCCCCAUCGCUGCUGCGACGGGUCCUGCAGCGGACAAGCUCUCAGCCGGCUCGUCUUUUGCGCCAGCCGAGCUCUUUGAGGCGGAGACGAUUCAGCUCACGGACGAGUCGCUUGCGUCUCUGGCCGGUUCUUUUGAUAACCUCGAGAUCUUCGACUUUGCGGACGGCAAGAUUGCGAAACGCGAUGAGGACGCCGAGGAGGAGCUGGAUUGCAAGGUGUUCCCAGGCGACCCGGAAUGGCCUUCCGAAGCCACCUGGGACCUGUUUAACAUCCUCAUCGACGGUGCCCUGCGCAAACCGUUGCCUUUGGCGUCGGUCUGCUACGACGGCGCAUGGGGUCCAGUCGACCAGGCAGAAUGCGAGAGAGUCGCGUCCCAAUGGCAGACAUCCCAGUUGCAUUUUGAACACCCGACCUCAGUCAUGUCCCCUCUGUUAGCGGGCAAUACUUGCCCCCCCACCGGCAAUGCGAAUAAUAUCUGCACCAUCGGAGGGCUCCCCGUCUAUGCUGUCGAGGCAACCGACGUCAUGCAGAUCCAGCUCGCCGUCAAUCUCGCCCGUAACAUGAACCUUCGCCUCGUCGUCAAGAACACGGGUCACGACUUUGGCGGCAAGUCGGCCGGUGCUGGUGCCCUGUCUGUCUGGACCCACCGGUUGAAGGACAUCCAGUUCUAUCCCGAUUACAGGACGUCGUGUUACCAGGGACCUGCCUUCAAGAUGGGCUCCGGUGUUCAGUCUCGUGAGGUGUACGAGGCUGCUGACGAACAUGAUGUUAUCGUCAUGGGCGGAGAAGGAAGGACCGUCGGUGCCAUGGGCGGCUGGACGAUGGGAGGCGGACAUUCCCCCUUUUCUAGCUUGUGGGGUAUGGGUGCCGACCAGGUCCUCUCUAUGGAGAUUGUGACUCCAGAUGGACGAUUCGUUACAGCCAGCAGGGAAAGCAACCCUGACCUCUUCUGGGCCCUCUGUGGUGGCGGCGGUGGGACGUGGGGCGUGGUCACAUCCGUCGUCGUCAAGGCGCACCCGCAGCCCGAGAAGAUGGCGUCGAUGAGGUUUACCGUCGCGACGGGAGGGGCCGUUACCGUCGACGCCUUCUGGGCGGCCAUGCGGCUCUACUUCAAGCAGCUCCCGGACUUCACCGACAAGGGCUUCUACCACUACUUCUUCCUCUUCAACUUUGGCGGGAGCUACCUGUUCAUGAUGGGUCCGUGGUUCGCGCCGACCAUGGGACGCGACGAGCUUCUCGCCGAGACCAAGCCGCUGUUUGACGCGUGGGCCGAGCUCGGCGUGGUGGUGGUGCCGGAAGUGCAGGAGUACACCGGCUUCCUGCGCUUCUGGGAGGAGAACCUCGGCUCGGAGACGGCGGGCAACCCCAACACGCUGACGGCGAGCCGGCUCUUCCCGCGCGAGAACUUCCUCGACGAGGCCAAGUUCAACCGCACCUGGGACGACGCGCUGCGGUGGUCCGUCGAGGAGAAGGGCAGGCACCUCCUCGGCUUCACCAUCGCCGGUCAACCCCCGCACGGCCGCCACCCGAACAACAGCGUCAACCCGGCUUGGCGGUCCGCGGCGCUGCACGCCAUCACGGCGGCGGCGUGGGACGACGGCGCGACGGCCGAGGAGCGUUCCCAGGCGGCGUGGGAACUCACCAACGUCAUUACCGAGCGGUGGCGCGAGGUCACGCCGGGCGCGGGCGCUUACAUGAGCGAAGCCGACCCGUCCGAGCCGAACUUCCAGCAGUCUUUCUACGGCGACAAGUACGACCGGCUCUUUGAGAUCAAGAAGGCGUAUGACCCGCACGGCGUCUUUUAUGCGCACACGGGCGUCGGAAGCGAGGAGUGGUUCGUGACGGGCCAGGAUCCCAAUAUUCCCACGCAGAAUGGACGGUUGUGUCGUAAGAGGUGA